CAGCUUAAUACAAAAUGCAUCAGCCAACCCGAACCUUCAAGAUCAGCUUCACCAGCUGGUCAUGCCGACACAUCCAAGUCACCGAACAUGACACCCCCCUCUACAUUGCCGAUGUACACACACGAAAACCAAACAUGAUCUUCAAAACCCACCCCUCGGAAACACAAUUCGCAACAGUCACCCUGCACGCCCUCUCGUCACACACCGACAUCAUCCUAGACAACCAAGAUACCGUCCUCAACCUGAAGAGUGGCUUCAGACACCAGGCCAACUUCACCUCCCGUACCCUCCAGACAACCCUUGAAUGGAAUACCAAGAGCCUCAUGAAAGGUUACGAUUUCGAAUUGGUCGACCAGAAUGGCACCCCUCUUGCGCAGUAUAUCAAUGAUUGGUGUCAUAACACUGCAAAGGUGGACAUCUUUUUCAACUUGAAUGAGGCUGUUAUUCGGGAGAUUGUGGUGACCGGGCUGGCCCUGGUUUAUGGUCGGACUGGGCGUUUGACGACGGUGAAUACACAUACUGGAGAUUCUGCGGGUUCUCUUGUUGCUGCUGGUGUUAUUUAGAUUUCGUGUUUUAUUUUCCAUCUGAUAUGUUGACCGUUUACGGAGAAAGAUAAAACCGAAUUAAUUCAUAGUUUAGCAGCAACUGUUGUACCGUAAGCAUAAAGGGCUGUUGGCAUUUGUAGCCAAUCAAAACGCAC